AUGGCUUCAGCAUCGUCUUCCGCACUCAAUCCAGCAUCUUCUCGACCUCCUCCUGUCUCUCUAGUUGUUUCUGAUCGCGAGCUUGUUGACGAUGGGAUGUCUGUUGUGUCAUCGUGUGUCCUGCGCAAGUGUUUUGGGUUUUCAGAGGUCUCCCGCGAGCGUGUCUCUUUGCGUAAUCAAUAUCCUGCAGGUUCCUUGCUGCCUGUGGUCGCUCCCAAUUUGCAGUUGAUUGUUGAGCAUUUUCUGACAUUCAAUCGAGAGCAAUACGCUGAGAUUGCCCGUGCACAUUCUAUAUAUGUGUCCUCUGCUGAUCGAAAGGAUCAUAUUCGUGAUCUGCUACGUGUACAUUUGCUGAAACACCCCAGACGGGACCAUUCCAAUCAUGUUUUGCCUGACCCAUUUGCACAAUCGUAUUGUUCGUCCCAUGCAGCGUCUCAGCGUGAUACUCGUCAUGGACAUGUCACGGAUGAUCCGCACUUUCCAACGGUAUUGUCGUUCAAUGACAAGUCGGAUAUUAUCUGCGAGUGGCAACAGAAGAUGAGUCCUGAAUCAUUAAAACGUGGUUGCUGUGCUGUAUGUGCUCAUAAUGUAUGCACCCAAGAAUUGUGCUCUGUAGAAGCAGCGAAGAUACCGUUACAUCUGUUGCGGAAUGAUUAUUUGCCAGAGCAUACACUGCCUUGCACAUAUGAUCUCGAGUUAUAUGGUCGUGCAAUUUUAUAUGCAAAGGAAAUGUAUAUGUGUUCUUCAUGCCAUUCUGCGCUCAUUUCUAAGUGUCCACGUCAGCCAGUGAAUUCUCUCGCUAAUUUUCAAUACUAUGGGCAUGAAAGGUUAUCUCCAGAGAUUCGCGAGGCUUUCUCUUCGGCUUCUAUUUAUGAUUUGAUGUUGAUUACUCACUUCUAUACAUAUAAAUCUUCUUUGACUCAAUUUUGGUCAGCUGAGGAAGCUUCGCAACGAUAUAACAAGGGAAAUGUUGCUAUCCGUCCGCAAAGUUCGACAGAAUUGUAUAACUUGUUACCACCAAACCGUGGUGAGUUACGGGAUGCUAUGUGCGUAAUUUUUUCGGGUCAAAAAUGUCCUGUGUUAGUUACAAAAAGUAGGGUUCGUAAGCUCAUUGAUUUCUUGAUUACACACAAUCCAUGGUAUCAGCAUAGUGGUGUAUCAUAUAGCCAAGAUAAUAUGGAUGCUUUGUUUGAUGAGGCUGAUUUCGAUGCAGAUACUGGUGUGCCGCAUGCUUUAGCGAUUUGCCAUUUGCCGACAGAGGAUCAGGCUUCCCCAGAUGCAGGUUUCAAUUCACGCGAUACUCACGAUACUCAUGGAAGUGAUAAUGGUGAUCUUGUCAUGGAACCUGUUGGGUAUACAGAAGGUGAUCAUUCUUCACAAAGCAGAGAAAAAAUGAAAUUACAUGCACUCACAUACAUUUUAGACCACAAGAAAUUCCUGUUGUCACGGACAGGUAGUAAAUUCGUAGCUGACAGUGAUCCUGGUCUCAUGUCCUAUUUGUUUCCCCAUCUUGACCCUUGGGAUAUCGGUGGAUUUUUUCAUUCUGGGCGAACAAAGCAGCAACACCUUUCAAUGCAAGCGCAAGUGAGAAAUUUGCUUCGUCAAGACGACUCACCUUUUAGAAAUGAUCCUCAGUUUGCCUUCAUAUGUUGGAAUAUGAUCCAGAAACAAGAAGUCAGCAGGAAUACAACUUUUUGCAUCGGUUUAUCUGCGCAACGAGGAUUAGCUAAGGAACUGACAGAUAUCGCGCCAUCCUUGACAUCUUUAGCUGAUAAGUGGAGUCACUCUGUGGAUCAAAAACCAUCGACGACUGUAGAAAAGAAAGCUGUCCGCAUCCUGCGUCGUUUGCAAGCUUCCACGAGGUCGAUUCGUUCUUUGAUGAAAAAAAUUAGCACACCUGCAUUAUUUGUGACGCUGAAUCCUCAUGACUUGACUAGCAUCGAGUUGGCGGAUUGGUCAAUGAUGUCCUCCUUUGAGCAUGCCAAAAUUGUCGCAAGUCGUCCUGAUGCAGCUGCCAUUGCGUUUGAUCUUCAAAUUCGCGCGUUUAUUAAUAUUAUCCUAAAGUAUAAGCAUGGCCCUGCAUAUUAUGGAAUGGUGGAAGCGCAAGGGCGGGGCACCUUACACUGUAAUCCGAGCCCACAAGCUUUGCGAGAGCAUAUGGCAAAUGAAGAAGGAUUUCAAGGCAAGAUUUAUGAACUGCCAAAUGAUACCACGUGUGUAUUUGAGACGAAUGAGAUGGAUCCUCGGCUAGAGUUGCCUCCACAAAUUGCGGACUUAGAUGAUCAAUCUUUUGCAUACGAAUUUCAAGAAUUUCUGACUCGCUUGGCGAUAGAAUGUAAUUGGCAUAUUCAUAAUGACCCGUGCUAUAAGCACAUAAGAGCAGGUGAAAAGCGUGGAGACCACAAUUGUCAGAUGCGCCUUGAUGGAUCACUGCAGGCUGUUACCAGCAUUGAUUUGCGUCGAUGGCGAGGUAGGGUGAACAAUUAUACAGACCUGAUAUUGUUCCUCUUGCAAAGUAAUACAGACAGUCAGUUUAUUGGUUCAGGUGAAGCUGCCAAGGCUGCUGUCUUUUAUAUAACCAAGUAUAUCACAAAAGGUAAUCUCCCAAUGUACACAGGUCUCCAGGCCUUAGAGUAUGCCACUAAAAUGCAUGAACAAAAAAUCAAUCGUAGUCUGAUAACUAAAUCUGAAAUAUCUCAUCAACAAGUCAUGAGUUAUCUUAUGGUGAAGUGGUAUGAACUUGACCAAGACAUGGAAUCUCUUCCGAUUGAUGAUAGACUAGUGUUGGAGGAUAAUGAUACAUUAUUAAACGAAGAACAGAUCACUGUGAACAUUGAAGAUUAUGCAUUAUGUCCUACAAGUGCACAUGAGUUCAAUGAUUUGUGCUUAUGGGAAUUUGUGGAGAGAACUGUCAAAGAACGAGGAGACAUACCUUUAGAAGACACAUCAGAGAUCGAAGAUAGCGAUAAUGAGGAGCUUAGGACUCACAGUCAGUACGAAUCCCAUAGGUUGUGUAUGCGGAAAAAACAAGUGAUCCCAGUAUUAUUAGGCGAUGCAAUCCCACAGCCGGAUGGUGCAGAGGAAGAAUAUGAAAAAUAUUGCCGAUGUAUGAUGAUGUUAUUUACGCCAUGGCGAGACUUGAGAUGCUUGAAAGGCGAACACAGAACAUGGAUUGAGGCAUUUGAACAAGAGACAUUUUCACCUGCAAAGACUGCUAUCAUCCGCAAUAUGAAUGUAGAGAAAGAAUUCACUAAUCCCUGGUGA